UUUUAAAUUGGCCGUGACUUUUUCUGGCCUUGGUCACACUGCAGAAUAUACAUAAUAAGACAUAAUUUAAUCUUAUUUUUUGCAGCAUAUCUUAAUAAAUGCGGUGUAUUAUUGGGGUAACAUUCAUGUGCUCGAAUAUAGAAAUUCAUUUUCAAUGAGUUUCUUGACAUAAUUUGUUUGUAAGCGCCUCGUAUUAGAACCAGAAAUGGAAACUUUUGAUGUGACAGAUCGAAGUUGCUGGUACUUUGGUUCCAUGUCCCGUCAAGAAGCAACGGAAGUACUGAUGAAUGAACGAGAACGCGGAGUCUUUUUGGUCCGCGACAGCAACUCAAUUGCAGGAGAUUAUGUUCUUUGCGUGAGAGAAGACACAAAAGUAAGUAACUAUAUAAUCAACAAGGUGCAACAGCAAGAUCAUUUAGUAUAUCGCAUCGGUGAUCAGUCGUUUGAUAAUCUGCCAAAACUAUUGACAUUUUAUACCCUUCAUUAUUUGGACACGACCCCUUUAAGACGCCCUGCACCAAAAAAAGUUGAGCUUGUAAAGGGGAUAUUCGACUUUCUCGGCAAUGACCAAGAUGACUUGCCUUUUCAAAAGGGGGAAGUUCUUACAGUGGUAAGAAAAGAUGAAGAGCAUUGGUGGACUGCUCGUAAUUCAUUGGGACAAGUCGGACAAAUACCUGUUCCAUAUAUACAGACAGUGAAUGAGUGCAACAAGAUCGUGGAGUCAUCGAAGGACCAGUCUUCCGAAUCUUUUAAUGGGGUGUUGAAAAAAACAGACUUAAAUCGAACCCUUCCAGCAUUCGCUCGAGUAAAACAGUCAAGGGUACCAAACGCGUACGAUAAGACUGCUUUAAAAUUGGAUAUAGGCGACAUCAUUAAAGUUACCAAAACUAAUAUCAAUGGCCAAUGGGAAGGAGAAAUGAAUGGACGCAAGGGUCAUUUCCCAUUCACGCAUGUCGAGUUCGUCGAUGAUUGUGAUUUAAUCGAUAACUCUAAAUUUUUUAAUGUUUCAUUGCAUGAAGAAAGAGAAUCUAUGGGACAAUGAAUAACAACACACAACUGUAUUUAAUAUUAAAUUUAAAAUGAA